AUGGUCGCCUUCAAGAACAGGGUGUCUCCUAACCAUCUCCCAUCGAAAGAGCAGAAGAACGACAUUAACAAAGUGCCGUUCACAACAUUCUUGCCAACUGUAGAAGAACAACUGAAACUGGAACAAGGGCUAACGAUUCUCGUAGGCAACAAAUGGGCUCGAUACAUUCCUUCCCUCUCUUGGUUGAACGAUGUCUUGCCUACAAGAAUAUCCCACAAGUACAUGGACCAAACCAGCCAAAAAACCGAAAAGGUUAAUCUUGGUGUUCUACGCAAGAACGAGCAGUACGAGGAAGACAUGAUCGAUAUCGCUCAAUUUCUUCAUGCAUACGCACCCAGACACGACGAAGAAUCUACUGUCAAGCCCAAAAAAGUGUUAAGCGGGGGUGACUAUCUAACAUUUGAAAGACAUAAAGAAGCACAAUCGGCCAUGCAGGAUGCCAUAACACCCUCAGCACUUCUUGAAGGAUUAAUUCCAAAAAUCGAGGAUUUCCAUACACAAAUGGAGUGGAUGCAGGUAAUCUGGUACCACCUUUAUGACAAAUCUUCAUCGAGAGACACUGGUACCCUCUAUGCCUUGAGAAACUCAAUACAUGCAAGAAAUGUCACAGAUGACCCCCACAGCAGGUACUAUGCAGCUAGUGAGUUUAUUGAUAAGGUAACUGAUGCAUACCUGAUCGACGGAGCCCUCCAUUACUUUGGUAUGGCCACAAUAGAUGCCGAGCCUACAAAAAAUACCUACCAAGGGCCACCCACCUGUAAGGAUGCCAAAAAGGAAUUUGCCUUAAAAACCAUCUCUGGGUUUCUUAAAGAGCACGUAAUAUGUAACUUACCAGAACUUAGUACUGAUGCACCAACAAGUAAUGAGCUUAAAUGCAGACUUGRGGAUGGAGAACGUGUCAUUAGGCUUUACAAGUAUUUCUGUCUAUACUUCAAGGUAUCGAAUUGCCCCAAGUAUGCUAUUGCAAUGCUGCAGCUUCAGUCUCAAGUCAACUGCCUUUUAAGUCCAAGGCUUGCACAUUCCCUUACCUGGAACAGGAUCACCCAAAAUCUCUACACAGUCUCUCAUACAAAGAUCCUUAAUAAUGGUUUUCCUGGUUGA